AAUGGUCCCAUGGCUCAGGCUAUUUGCCAGAAGGCUGGACCCAGUGUGGCCACAGAGUGUCAACAGUACAUCACAAGGAACGGGCAGCAGGACCAUGGGGCUGUGGUCUUAACAGGUGCUGGUAACAUGCCAUACAAAGGUAUUCUCCAUCUGACACACCCUAAUACAAAGGUCCUAAAGAAAAGCAUCAAGACCUGUCUGGAGACGGCUGACAAGAAAGGCUUCAGAUCAAUCUCUUUCCCUGCUGUUGGGACAGGUGGUUUUGCGAUCAGCCCUGACCAGGCAGCCAGUCUGAUGCUGGACGGGGUUACAGACUUUGCCCAGAAGGGCUCUCCCCAGUCCCUCACCACCGUCAGGAUCACGGUGUUCCAGCAGCAGAUGCUGCAGAACUUCCACUCAGAGAUGGACCAGAGGGCUCGAGAAUUGGUGCACAAGUCCAGGGGGUUCAGUGCAAAAGUCACAAGCAGAUUCAAAAAGGUUGCCCAUUCCCUUGGGAAGAGAAGUCGGGUGGCAAAGAUCCUUGGAUUCUCGUCGUCCGAUGGAAAGCGUAGUGUUGGUGACACAACAACGACCCCCACGUCUCUCCUCCUACACUUCUAUGGCACAGAUGGAGCAGUUGACAUGGCCAAAAGGAGAGUCCAAGAAACCGUGGACGAAAACUUUAAGGAGGAAAAGAUUAAUGAUGCUGCAGUACUGCAGCUGUCCUCUGAUGAGGUGGAUAUGCUAAAGGCGUAUGGACAGCAAAACAGUGUGUCCAUCAUAGUUGAUCAAGGACAAGGAGGCCGUCACUGCAUCACCAUUCAAGGCAUUUCUGAUGUGGCAUCAGUUAUGUCCAAAGUCUGGGAGGUCCUGCAUGCUAAGAUGGAGGAGAGCAGAAAAAGGGAACAGGCUUUGUCUUUAAAGAAGGACCUCUCAUGGUGUUAUGAACAGCCGGAUGGAACCUACGUCCCCUUUGACCCCCUCAUUAAUUUACAAAUUGAGGAAGCCUACAGGAAGAACAAGAAAGGGAAGGUUCAGUAUGAGGAUGACGUAGGUCAGUGUGAGAUUGACUUCAGCACCAUGAAGGAAAAGGCAUCAGGACAGGUGUCCAAUGUUCGCAGGGAUAAUCUGAAAGCAUGUGCAGUGACCAGUGCAGUUCCGUCUCACUGGGAUCCCCAACCAAAUGACCUCAAGUCUGGGAAGCCCCAGCUAUGCCACCUUGUAAAUCUGAAGUCAUCCUCUAAAGAGUACAAGACUGUGAGCAGCAAGUGCGGGUUAACGAGCAUUAUAAGCAUUGAGAGGGUGCAGAACCCAACACUGUGGAGCCAGUACUGUGCACAGAAGCAGAAAAUCAGCCUAAAGAACCCUGGGAUAAAUAUAGAGCAGGAUCUGUGGCAUGGAUCUUCAGCUGACUCCUGCACCAAGAUUUAUCACAACGGAUUUAACAGGAGCUAUGCUGGUGUUCAUGGUGUGUCUAUUGGCAAAGGGACAUACUUUGCUGUGCAGGCUUCCUACCCAGUAGACCGACGCUUUGCUAGUUCUGAUGUCAGUGGGCACAGGAGAAUGUUCCUGGCCAAGGUGCUGACUGGACUAUCCACACCCGGUGACUCCAGCAUGAUCGUUCCCCCAACGAGACCAGGGGGAGGUCCACUUGACACCUAUGACUCCACCACUGAUGAUGACAGUAGCAUGUUCUGUGUGUUUCAUGAUGCACAGGCAUAUCCCGAAUAUCUCAUCACGUUUGCUUGAGUUACCAAGGCAGAGGAGAAUUUAGUAUACAUACUUAGUAAGGCUAUAAUUGUGUCAUGUUCAGGUCAUAUCCCAGAAGAUUAGGCCAAAAAAAUGUGUCUUAAAUUAACAUAUUAGCAUCAUAUCCGAGAAAAUAACGUCAAAGACAUUCUUUCUUAAAUUACCGAUAUGGUAAUACAAAAGGACAAUAUGCUGUGAUAAUGAACUGUGCAAUGGUGCUGUAUAUGUUACAAGGUGCAAAUAUUUCUCUGGCACAGAUAUUUUAGAUUUACAGAAGAUGAAAUUUUUAAAAGGAUUUUAUAUCAUGACUGUGAAAUUAUAAGAAAGUAAUUGAUAAUCUGUAUGACAAUCUUUGAUGUUUGUAAAUUUUCAGAAUAAGAUUUUAUUAUCAAUUGUAUAUUUGCCUUAGAAUUUGUGUAAAUGUUCAGUGGUACAUUGUGAAGGAAUUGAUAAAAAAGACAUGUAUGAAAUGUCACAAUUUUAACCAACAUAAGAUAACGGCUUGCAAGCAAGCAAAUUUUACCUACUGCUCGUUUACUACAGAAUUGCAUAAUUGAUAAUUGAAAAAAGCGCACCAGCCAAGCUACAUGAACUGUCCCAAGAACACACUUAACUAGCAGGACAUUCAUACACGCAGCAGUCAGUACCUGGACAGUGUGGUAAAGAACAUCACUGAAAGUUUCCUCCAGGCUUUCAAUAGUCGAAACCAUCUUCUGUGCAAUAUGCAAGAACACUUAUCAGCUGUGAAACAGCCACGUAAUUAGAGUACGAUGUAGAUCUUUGUAGCCUAUUUUAGAUAUCAUCUUUAGUUCUGACGAAUGUUCACCACAGCAUGUUAUAAAUUUACCAGAGAUACAGAAUACAGAGAAACCAGUCUUAUUAUAUCCAGUGAUAAUGCCCUUCGUUGACAUCCAAUGCUUAUCAUUAAUGUCAGAAAGUGUGUCCUCUUUAAUAAACUUUAUGAAGCAACCAGGUGUUGCGCCAUAGAAAAAAUUACUAAACUUUACUUUCAACAAAUGAAUGUAUUAACUAUAGGGCAUCACCCAUCUAAAUUUUCAGUCAAUCUCCGUCGACUUUUUGAUACUUUCCUGCAAAAGUGGUGUCUUCCUGACGUCACUGCUGUAGAUAGAAAGGGUCAUUCUGUGAACAAGGUCCUUGUUCACAGAAUGAUUCUUUCUAUCUACAGCAAUGACGCGAAAAUUUAGAGGGUUGAGUCCCUAUAGCUAUUGCAAUGUUGGAAGUAAAGUUUAGCAUUUUUCCAUAAUGUAUUCUACCAACACAGCUGAACUUUCACGCUAAUAAUAAGGUGUUGUUUCGUACAUGCUCAGCAUCCGUCUUCAGAAAUUACACUGUUACGAUUGAC